AUGCCUGAACUCGUGAAGAUCAACCUCCCUAAUACACAUAUCGUUAAUGGCAACGAAUUCCCCGUGGCUUUCGACUUACAAGCUGCUGACACAUUUAAAGAAAAUUCAGAUAAGGUUGCGGCAUUCCUUUCCAAGACUGCCAAAUCCCAAUUUUUCAACAACGCUUUAGCCAAGCAUGGUGCUGUAGUGAUCCGUAAUACUGGAACUAUAGAUCCAGACACGAUCGGUAAGUACAUUGCUGCUAUUGGUACAGGUUCUGGAGAUGAGUUUUUCGAGCAGCAUGGAUCGACUGCCCAACGAACUGAAAUCACAAACUACUUGAGCACUGCUAACGAAGGGCCUUCUUCCACUUAUAUCCACCAACAUAAUGAGUUUUCCAGGUUUACCAAGUAUCCAACCCGAUUAUUUUUUGUUUGCACCAAAAUGGGCAAAGAGACAAAAGGUGGAGAGACUCCUAUUGUUCAUGGGGCUGAGUUCUUCAACAAGUUGCAAGAAAAUGUGCCUGAUCUAGUGGACCUGUUGUCCAAGAGAGGCCUCUUGUAUGAACAGACUUGGAACUUCACAUCCCAAACCAAGACCAGUUGGUGGGACUAUUUCUGCUUUGGCAGAGAAAUCACCAAAGAAGAUACUCUUGAAGUCCGCAAACAAAAAGCUGCCAUUAGCGUAGCUGCCAAUGUUAGCAAAGACUUUUCAUGGGGAGAUGACAAUUCUUUGGAGGUGUACCAGCACACAGAUCCUAUUCGGGUCCACACAGAUCCUACGACUGGCAAAAAAAACCCUACGGUAUUUUGCAGUAUAGCCACAUACUACCACACUUCCAAAGAUGCGAAUGCUAAUACACCUACAAAACCACUUAUGUAUGAUGAUAAUCAUGAGAUUAUUGAUGAGAAAUUGCUUGAAAAAGCUUUCCAAAUCGCCUUCGAUGUUUCCUAUGAACACCAAUGGCAAGAAGGUGAUAUCGCCAUAGUUGACAACUACCAAGUGAGUCAUGGAAGAUGCCCUUGGUCUGAUGGGCCUCGUACCAUUCUUGUUAGUAUGUGGGACACACCUGGUAAGCCCGAGUACCCAGCUUGGAAGCCCUCGGCCUUAUAG